AUGAACAACUACCCACCCUCUCAGUACCCGCCUGCCAGCACCAUGAACGGCCACCGCCUUCACCACAGACAGUCCGCCGAUUUCAGACAGCCAGCCUCGAACGGCGCAAUGGCGAAUGCGAACGGCAACGGACCGGUGCCCGUACCCUCGGGCCCACCCGCUCGCAUGGGAAACGGACAUCCGCAGCACAUGAGGGGCAUGGCCGGCUUUGAUGGCCCCAGGAGUCCACCGAAUGGCGGCAAGAACACCGCCCACGUGCCGUGCAAGUUCUUCAGGCAAGGAGCUUGUCAGGCCGGCAAAGCGUGUCCCUUCAUGCACUCGACCGAGCCUUCGACCGAUGUAGCGCCUUGCAAGUACUUUCAAAAGGGCAACUGCAAAUUUGGCGCAAAAUGUGCUCUCGCACACAUCCUCCCCAACGGCCAGCGCGUCAACCGGCCAAACCACGUCGGCGUUGGAGGAGGCCAGCACAAUCGCGCGAACCCGAUGCACCAGAUCGAGCCUGCGCCGGCAGGCAGCUCCAUGCUCUCCGCGCUUGUGAACAUGGUUUCGCCUCCUCCCUACCCUUAUCAGCCGCCCGAAGACCUCUACAAUCCCGCUCAAGCCGCACAGAAGACCAAGUACGACAUGAUCCCCACCAUAGAUACCACCUUCUCCUCGCAUCCCGGAUCUACCUACGGCUCCCCUCCGAACGACGGCCGUCCCAUCAUGUCGCCGCAGCUGAAAGGCCUCAGCAUCCUCGACGCCCCCCUUCCCGCCUCCUUCGACAGCCAAGGCAUAUCGCACAUGGCGCGCUACGGGCCCAUUGCCGCCUCGAUGCCCGGCCGAUUCGGUCUCGACACCUCGCCCCCUUCCUCCUACCCAACCAAACCCCAUGACUCAUCCGCUCUCCGCACGCUACACACCUCCGCCUUUGGCGACGCCCGCAAUGGCACCAACGGCAUAGCACUCGGUUCCUCUCCGCCAGCUGCAGCUGACGAACCCGUCGGUCGGCGCAUCAUGCACUCGGAGCGCUUCUCCUCGAAGCCAAAGCUCAUGUCUGCAUCGCUGGGCGCUCGCCCGCCUCUCAGCGCAGACGACUGGGACGACGAGAACUUCGCCUUCGAAGAAGACCUCGUCCCGACCUCCCUCCACGAACUCCUGACCCCCCAAGAAAAGAUGCGCCGCUUCUCGCGCACCGCCGCAGAUGACGAGCUCCGCCAGUCCCUCUCCGGCCUCGGCAGCACCCCCGUCGACGCCGCCCCCCCAACCUCCAAAUUCGGCUCCCCCCCACUCAACCCGACGACGUACUCCUCAUCCCCCUCUCGCUUCUCCGCCCUCUUCUCCCGACAAAAGUCCGAUUCAGCAGACGCGCCCGGCGUCUCCCCCUCCCCGUUCGGUCACGUCGGAUCUCCACUCCGCAACUCGUCCCUCCACCCCGGCGCGUCGCCAAGCCUGCGCGCCCUCUCCCGCCCGCCCUCCGGCGACGUCAGCCCCUUUGUCAGCUCGCCCCCGCGCCAGGCCAGCAUGAGCAUGAUAUCCCAGCAGCUGCAGCGCACGCGCCUGACCUCUCGCGCCGAAGCGGCGGAAACUCUGCACCCGGGCCUCCCCUCGCGCGGCGGCGCGUCCAGCUCCUCGGCGACCUCCGGCGCAGGUCCGCGCAUGACGAUCGACCGUGCCGUGUCCAGCUCCUCGAACGUCGGGCGUGAGCGCAUCGAGGAGGAAGAGGUUGGCGAGGCGGAGCAGGAGCAGGGGCUUUUCAGUAUGGAUGGCCUGGAGCCGCCGACCGGAGUGGGCGGCAAGAAGGAGAAGCGGUUCAGUGGCGGGAUCUGGGGGUGGGGCGCCAAGGGGAGCCGGAGCCCCAGCUUGGGGCCGAUCGGGGGUGGGAGGAGGGAAGGCGGGUUUUCGGGGCUGUGA